UAGGAAUAUCUCGUUAAGUUUGUACCCGUGGAAUGAUAAUAUGGACGGACCGAGCAGAGGACCGAAAAACGCAUGGCGUAUAACUCGGAAAGAAUCACUAGAGUUCACGAAUGGAGUGGAAUCACUCGCUACCAACCAAGAAUUCAUUAAGAAUUUGAGAAAGCUUCCUGAGGAGCUCAUUCGACUCCGAAGCGAUAACGAGAGACUGAAGAAGGAAGCCCAAGCGAUGCGGUCCAGGUAAACAGUAGAACAAAUACACUCUGUAUAUCGAAUCUGUACUCAGUUCCCUUUAGCCGAUCCAGUGUCUGAUUUGGAAGCAGUUUUUUUACUUAUAACUUGAUAAAGCCGUGAUACAACGUACAUUUUGAACAACUUCGAUCUUGCCAGGAGUAAUCGCCAUAUGCAAAUAAACGAAAUUCCACGAUCUCUUGUCAUUUGUUGGGAUUCAAGUGGGUGGAUUUGCCCCUCUAAUGUGUAUAAAAGGGAUAACAGCACAGGGCUUGUGGGGCAAUCACUCGAGGGUUUGAAAUCAGGUUCUCGCAAUUGAGGCUGUGACUAGAAUAUCCUCGCAAACUGCCAGGGUAGGGAGGGUGGAGAGGGUGCAGAGAGUAAUUUGUGAAAAUUCUUACUUUUAUUUUUCAGGGUAGAGUCACCUGGCCAGGAAACCAUUAGUGAGAGAUGGUUAAAAGCCCAACAGGAGUCCAAAGAAAAACAGCUUAGAACAGAAUACAAAGAAAGGUAUAAGCUUUAUAAAUACACUGAUGAAUUUAAAUCACACUCAUUUUUCAAUAAUCAACUUCACUAUGAACUAAAUUAAAUUUCCUACCUAAGAUUCUUUUUAAAUCAUAAGUUUUAGAAAUCCGUUCAACCAAUGGUCCUGCAUGUAACAACUGCAGUUCGUUACUGCAAGUAGAAUGUGGUUAAUCCUGCUGUUUGCCUUUAAUGUAAAAGGAUCUCAGAGGCACGGAAGAAAUUUGAGCAGCAACUUCAGGCUAACACGGAAACGCUACAGAAAAACAACGAGGAGUUGAAUAAGAACCUCAAUCAAAGGUAAUGCAUUUUGUCAUCAGCAUUAUCUCGAGUGCUCAUCAAUGUUUCUUGAAAUUUUGAUCAUUUGAAAAUUAAGGAAAGCUGUGAAGAACUGAUGCUUAUAAUACUACUGUAGUUUAAUCCAUUUACCGUUAAUUCCUUUCAGAGAGUUAUGAAUACAAGAAGAAAGACCAGUAUGUUCACCAACAUUUACGUGACUUUCUUACUAAAGAAUGUGAUGGUGUGAAACAAGAAUACCCUCAAACUAAGUUAUGCCUUUGACUGUUACAUGUACACAUACAAAAGUAAUCGCGGAGCUUCAAAAUACUCUACGUUUCCUGAUAUAACUCAGACCAUUUUUUCCUUUUAAGAAUGCUUAUGACGGUAAACAGAACGGAACAACAUACAUUUUUAGUCUGAUGCAAUCCUUUACAAUUCAUUUUCCGCAGCGCACAAGAAAACCUGGAUUUGAGGAAAAAAUUGAAAGAAUAUGAGCGCCUUCUACAGGAGAGAAGCAGUGUCAGUCACAGAUAUUCUAGAGACUCUCAGAG